AUGAAAUCUUCACAAGUUACACAGAUAUUUUUGCUCAUAGCAUCCUUCCUAGUCUCGUCUGUUGACGCCGUUGUGGUUGCAACACAGCCUUCCCACCACUUGCAUAUGAGAGGGUUGCCAAAACUGGUGACAACAAGUGAAACACCAACUCCAACUUCUACAGAAGAGCCUAGUACAUCCUCAACCUCAGACAACUCAGAGAGCUCUGAAACUGAAGGAUCAUCCACAGAAAUUACAAGCACUUCCGAAUCCUCCAUUUAUUCUGAAUCUGUAACAGCAUCUAGCACAACAAGCGAUACUGAUUCAGAAACAUCCAGCACGACAAGCUAUACUUCCUAUACCCCAUCAACUACUUCUGUUUCCGUUGGCCCAAUAUAUAUUCCAAGUGCACAAAAUAACAAGUAUGUUUAUCAUGCUACACAUCCAUCUGGUACCGUUUUUACCGCCUUUGGUAGUUGUCUAGCAUUUAUUGCUCUAGUUCUUGUGUUAGUUUGGAUAGCAUUAACUCUACGGUCUUGGAAAAAUGCAAGAAAAGAAUACCAAAUUAGAGAACGGGAAAAUAAAUAUCAGCUUGAUCCUUACUACUUCCAAAAUGGUGACAAGGAUGAUUAUUCUAGUAGUGACUCUGAUGUUGCAAGUGAUAUAUCUGAAAAGAUUCUGAAGAAGAAAGCUUCAAGGAUGAGUUUGUAUAGCUUAGGAGGUGGCUCGGCGUUUAAUCUUUUGAGCUCCGAAAAGCUUGACACUAAACCACCAGCACCACCAUCAAACAAUCCACGUUUAUCUAUGUUCAUUUCUCCCACUGAAAUACUAAAAAACGAGGGUAAUACAUGGAGUACAGAUAGCUCGGCAUUCAAUUCAUUAACUAGCACUCCUCGUGAGCAAUCUGUUGCCAAUAUAAUAGUGCCCCAAAAUGGUCUCAAUAAACUGGGUGACCCACCUUUCACAGGGAAAAACCUAAGUAAUAUGGACAUAUCGUCUACACCUGGUGUGGCAAUACCAAAACCUAAUGGGAAUCAAAAAAGAGGUAGACCUCCGAGCGCUCAUUUAGAUGACCUUCUCGACGGCAUCCAAUAA